GCCCUCCGUCAGCAGUGAGUCUAUGGAUCCCUCCGUGUAGCGGGAGGUUAUUAUUUUCAUAGAAGUCUGUAACGGUCCUGCCUCAUCACCGCUGUUAUAACGGAGGAUGUCCAACCCUGAGAAAUUACUCCCAUCACGCCCCCAAUCCCCCCUGACUGCUGGGAAAACACAUAGAUCCGGAGACGGCAGCAGCGUUCACGUCCACAGCAGCAGAGCGUCUCCGGAGGGCGGUAGGGCGGGCGGUGCAGCUCUUUACGCAGCGACACCCAGGAACACCAGCGGCAGCAGCACUCGGGAAGGAGGAGGCAACAACACCGCUGCCAGCAGCAGCUCAGUCCUCCGCUUUCCCUCGUCUGCUUACCCCGCGUCGUUCUCCUCACCGUCGCCUUCCUCUCCCUCUGGACCACCACCGCGGAAAGGAGGCGGAACGAGUCGUCGGGGCAGAGCGACAUCGCCUCUCCCGUACUUGCUGCGCACCAUUCACGGCUUCUUCCCCCUCCACGGACUAUUAGGACUUCAUCCCUCCGCGUCCUGCUCGGGCUAUUUCCGUAAAAGCGGAACUGCCUUCUGCAGGAGUCCCCGACGAGGCACGCUUUUCACCGCCGCUCUCUCCUUCCUGCGCCUGCGGUCAGACAUGGAAGAUGGUCCGCCUUCAACAAGCUGUUUCAGAAGGUUGACUGACUGUUUUCUCGGUUCAAGUCUGACGGAUGAGAAGGUGAAGGCCUACCUCUCGCUGCACCCCCAGAUGCUGGAGGAGUUUGUGUCGGAGAGCGUGAGCGCCGAGACGCUGGACCGAUGGCUCAAGAGGAAGAACAGCUGCAGACCUGCAGACGACCCCUCCAUAAAAGAAGUCAGCAGGCAGUACCAGGACACUAACAUGCAGGGAGUGGUAUACGAGCUCAACAGCUACAUGGAGCAGCGGCUCGACACGGGGGGAGACAACAAGCUGCUCCUCUACGAGCUGUGUAACAUCAUCCAGACAGCCACAAAAGCCGAUGGGUUUGCACUUUACUUCCUGGCAGAAUGCAACAAUAGUUUGUGUUUGUUCACCCCUGCGGGGGCCAACGAGGGGCUCCCCAGCCUCAUUACCUCCUUCCCCAUCGCGUCCGGGGCCACCAUCGCCGCCCAUGUGGCCAGAGUGCGCAGGACACUGCUGGUGGAAGACAUCAUGGAGGAUGAGCGGUUCCCCCACGGCACAGGGCAGGACUCAGGGAUCCGUGUUCACUCUGUUCUGUGUCUCCCCAUCCUCACCGCCAUCGGCGACCUCAUCGCCAUCCUGGAGCUGCACCGGCACUGGGGCCGUGAGCCCUUCAACCUCAGCCACCAGGAGGUUGCUACCGCUAACUUAGCAUGGGCCUCUGUAGCCAUUCACCAAGUGCAGGUUUGCAGAGGCCUUGCCAAACAGACUGAGCUCAAUGACUUCCUCCUAGACGUGUCAAAAACGUACUUCGACAACAUUGUGGCAAUAGAUUCUCUACUUGAACAUAUUAUGAUAUAUGCAAAAAACCUGGUGAACGCCGACAGGUGUGCGCUCUUCCAGGUGGACCACACCAACAAAGAACUGUACUCGGACCUGUUCGACAUCGGGGAGGAGAGCGAAGGGAAGCCGGUGUUUAGGAAAACCAAAGAAAUUAGGUUUUCUAUAGAGAAAGGAAUCGCCGGCCAAGUGGCACGGACGGGAGAAGUCUUAAAUAUUCCAGAUGCCUAUGCAGACCCUCGAUUCAAUAGAGAGGUGGACCUGUACACUGGGUACACCACUAGGAACAUCCUGUGCAUGCCCAUCGUGAGCCGGGGGACUGUAAUAGGUGUCGUACAGAUGGUGAACAAGCUGAACGGAAGUGCCUUCACGAAUACGGACGAGAACAACUUCAAGAUGUUUGCUGUCUUCUGUGCGCUGGCCUUACACUGUGCAAAUAUGUACCAUCGUAUUCGUCACUCGGAGUGCAUCUACAGGGUGACGAUGGAGAAGCUGUCCUAUCACAGCAUCUGCACCUCGGAGGAGUGGAAGUCUCUGGCACAGCUCAACUUCCCCACGCCCAUGUACAAGGAGAUCGAAGUGUACCACUUUGACAUCAGCCCCUUCGAGGAGUUCUGGCCCGCGGUCUUUGUGCACAUGAUCCACAACUCCUGUGGGAAAACCAGCUUCGAGCUGGAGAAACUGUGCCGCUUCACCAUGUCCGUGCGGAAGAACUACCGGCGCGUGCCGUACCACAACUGGAAGCACGCGGUGACGGUGGCGCACUGCAUGUACGCCAUCCUGCAGAAGGUCUCCGGCAUCUUCACCGAGCUGGAGAGGAAGGGCCUGCUGAUAGCGUGUCUGUGUCAUGACCUGGACCACCGGGGCUACUCCAACAGCUACCUGCAGAAGUUCGACCACCCGCUGGCCGCCCUCUACUCCACCUCCACCAUGGAGCAGCACCACUUCUCCCAGACCGUGUCCAUCCUGCAGCUGGAAGGGCACAAUAUUUUCUCCAACUUGACUUCCAGCGAGUACGAGCAGGUCCUCGAGAUCAUCCGCAAGGCCAUCAUCGCCACCGACCUUGCCCUGUACUUCAGCAACCGCAAGCAGCUGGCCGAGCUGCACACCACGGGGGCGCUGGACUUCAACAACCACGCGCACAGAGACCGCGUGAUUGGCCUGAUGAUGACGGCCUGUGACCUCUGCUCUGUGACCAAGCUGUGGCCCGUCACACGGAUCACGGCCAACGACAUCUACGCCGAGUUCUGGGCUGAGGGCGACGAGAUGAAGAAGACAGGAAUGCAGCCCAUCCCCAUGAUGGACAGAGACAAGAAGGAUGAGGUCCCUCAGGGACAGGUGGGCUUCUACAAUGCUGUCGCCAUCCCGUGUUACACCACACUAGCUGAACUCUUCCCCGCCGCCAAGCCCCUCCUGAAGGCCUGCAGGGAGAACCUGAGCCAGUGGGAGCGGAUCGUGAAAGGGGAGGAGACCUCAGGCUGGGUCCCGGCCGACGUGGCGGAGGAGGAAGGCGAGCCGGCCGAUUCGGGCCCCGUGAAGGUGGACAACUGAGGGAGCCCAACGGAACACCCAGCGGCCCAGCGAACCCCAACCUCCACCCCUGCCGCAGACUGCUCCUGCCCUGAGAGAGACACAGAGAGAGAGAGAGAGAGAGAGAGAGAGAGAGAGAGAGAGCUCCAUAUAUCCCGCAUGGGACAGGAGGUGGCCAAGGGAGGUCAGGCAGGGAUUCAAAAAGGUGAUAUUGUUUUUAAUUUCACCACGGGAGAGAGAGGACACAGACACAAAAGAAGAUGACGAAAUGACGAGACAAGACAAGAUGAAACUGUAGAAGUUUUUUUGUUUUUUUUUAAUAAAGUCACGGCUCCCAGGGGUCACGGCUCCCAGAGGUCACGGCUCCCGGGGUCACGGCUCCCGGCGCCCCUGCGCUGGCCCCGCCCCACACACCUGAAGUCCACUCCAUUUGGGAACCGUCUGACGGGACUGUGUCAGGAGUUUUUUUUCUUUUUGUUUCGCUUUGCAUUUUUACGUUUCUUUCAUUUGUUUUAAUAUGGGGUUUAUUUUCCUCAUUUUUAUUUGUUUGUUUUUGUGGUCUGAUUUAAAGGGGCCUUAUGAAGCUGAACCCAUCUGUUCUUGCGGUGCAGGAUGUGUGAAAUCUUGACUAAACUGAAGAGGGGUCAGAGUGCAAACUGGUCCUUCUCUCCUGCUGUGGUCAACCAGUCACACGCCAAGCUUUGGACCUUUUGUUUUUAGGUUUGUUUGCUCUUUUUUUUCUUUUUUUUUU